AUGAAUUCUCCUGUGUCUGGUACUUCAGGAGAUUCUGACGAGCCAACCACCAUCACAAUCCCCAGACGGGACUCGAGCUGGCCAUCACAGAUGCCGGCAGACUCUGCCGUGUACUCAGUCGAGAACUUCAAUCCCACGCCUCCCACAGAGCUCGUGUGCCGCCUGUGCCAGGGCGUGCUCUGUGACCCGGUGGAGUGUGCGUGUGCCUGUCGGUCUGAAUUCUGCUCAUCGUGCAUGGCAGUCGCGCCAACCGUUUGCUCCCCCUGUUACACCGAAGUGACCACGUCCCUGCUGGUGCCCGUGGCCCCCAUCAUGGUUAACAUGAUCGCCAAGCUGAAAAUGGACCUGGAUGGUCUGUACAACCACCUCGGGACGUGGGACUUUGAGGUUGUGGUUUGCGAGGGCUGUGGUGCCGAAAUGCAUCACUCGGCAUUCUCCAUGCACCACCAACGAGAACAAAGCCCUAAAAGAUUAGUGCGCUGCAGCGUUCGCUGCGGUUUCCCAAUACCAGUGAAUGAAAUCAAAGACUACAACUGCAGAGAAACGAUUUGCUUUGCUGUGAAGCACCAAGGCGCCAAGCUCUCCGAAGAGUGCGAUGAAAUACUGAGUCAGGUGGAGCAGCUGCGUGAGAAGAUUUGA